CACGUCGCACAUUGAUGACGCGUGUUUACGCGUCGGCAGUAACGUUAGCUCCACGUGUUUGAACUACAGGCUGAUUUCACGACACAAUAAAGUAUCCAGUGUCAGUGAGUAAAUCAGAAUAAGGAAGUAAGACACUGACAGAAUGCGCUUUCAUUGAAAUGUCAUCUUUGUGCGGAACCAGCGACGGCUGCCAAGAAGCAGGUCAAGAAGCCGCGGAGAAACAGGAGAGGGAGCACCCUCGGGUACUCAUCCCCGAGUUAUGUCGACUCUUCUACCAGCUGGGAUGGGUGACGGGGACAGGCGGCGGGAUCAGUCUGCGACGAGGGGAGCAGAUCUAUAUUGCACCGUCAGGCGUCCAGAAAGAGAGGAUACAGCCGGACGACAUGUUUGUGUGCGACGUGGAAGAGAGAGACAUCAGCUGUCCACCUGCCUGGAAGAAGCUAAAGAAGAGCCAGUGCACACCGCUUUUUAUGAAUGCCUACACUAUGAGAGGGGCGCAGGCAGUUAUACACACCCACUCCAAGGCUGCUGUCAUGGCAACACUGCUGUAUCCUGGCAAAGAGUUCAGGAUAACACACCAGGAAAUGAUCAAGGGGAUUCGUAAGGGCACCUCAGGCACUAACUAUCGGUAUGAUGACACACUCGUCGUGCCUAUUAUUGAAAAUACACCAGAGGAGAAGGACUUGAAAGACCGGAUGGCUUUGGCAAUGGAAGAAUACCCAGAUUCAUGUGCCGUCCUCGUCCGCCGACAUGGUGUCUACGUCUGGGGGGAGUCGUGGGAAAAAGCUAAGACCAUGUGUGAAUGUUACGACUACCUGUUUGACAUCGCCGUCCAGAUGAAGCAGUGUGGACUGGACCCUGCGGCCCUCCCAACGGAAGAAAAGGGAAUAGUCUGACAUGCACCACUGCGUUUUAAAGAGACAUUUGUUUCACAAAGGUCGGUGGAGUUCAAUCAGGAGCUGAUUGUAAUCAUUUGCUUGCCUCAAAUUUUCCUGAUAUUUGAUGGUGAGGGGCAGAUUCAGGGUUGGAGGACAUUUGAACGUGUGUGAUCCGGAAGCACCCGGAGAUACGCUUGCAAAGCACUGUGGGUUGGCUCAUGAGUGUGCAGCUGUCAGAUCGUGGUAAUCAGGUUCAAAUGCAAGUUUGACUGCACAAGAAUCAAGGUCUUUGGUCUAUAUCGGGCAUGAACAUACUGUGCACUUCAACUGAAUUGUAAUGGUGAGUAACUGCCUUUGCCUCAAUCAAUAAAAAGUGAUGGAAAGUAAAAAUGUGA